AUGGCGGACUACAUUCUCAGUGCCCAGGUCUCCAGGGGUCUCUCUGACAAGCUCUACGACAAGCGCAAGGGUGCUGCACUCGAGGUCGAGAGAGUCAUCCGCGAAUAUGUUAUUGCGAACGACGCGGCCAAGAUCAAGCUGACCAUCCAGGCUCUCGUCUCCGACUUUGUCUACUCGGUUUCGGCCAAUGCCCGCAACGGAGGCCUUAUCGGACUCGCCGCCACUUCCAUCUCCCUCGGCAGUAGUGUGUCGACAUACCUGGAGAGCAUUGUGCCGCCGGUGCUUAUGUGUUUUGUUGACCAGGAUUCCCGCGUGCGAUACUAUGCAUGUGAGAGUAUGUAUAACAUUGCCAAGGUGGCCCGCGGCAGUAUUCUGCGCUACUUCAACGAUCUCUUUGACGCCAUGAGCAAGCUAUACGCGGACUCGGAGUUGUCGGUGAAGAAUGGAGCAGAGCUUCUGGACCGGCUGGUCAAGGAUAUUGUGCACGAGCAGUCGAUCGCCUACUCUGGACCCAUCACCCAUAUCGAUGAUCAGGAUCCUCAACAACUCGCACUCGCCCUGCCCCGGAUCUCGCAGUUCUCCUUGCCUCGGUUCAUCCCUCUUCUCGCAGAACGCGUCUACAGCAAAAACUCGUGGACAAGGAACUACCUCGUCACCUGGAUUGCGGUCUUGGACUCUAUCCCGGAUCUGGAGCUCGUCUCAUACUUGCCGGAUUUUUUGGACGGAUUGCUCUAUUUCUUGAACGACUCCAAUCCUGAUGUGAGGACGUUGACUCAGAAGCUGCUGGACGACUUUUUGACCGAGAUCAGAGAUGUUGCUGAACUCCAGCAACAGCAGCAGCGCGAGUCAUUACAGGCACGACUCCGGCAACUACAACUUGCCGAGUCACAGCAGCGGGCAGGUCAGAGAGACAGUUUUGAUGGAUCUGUUGUCUCCGGUGUUACACUGACAGGAGGUCGCGACUUUGAUUUGUUGGAGAGCGAGUCGACUGGUCAGGGCAAGGGAAGCUGGGUCCCUGGACAAGGCGUUAACAUCAACUACGCCAAGAUCGUCAAGAUCCUCAAACCCCAUCUCACAUCGAGCGAUGAGGAUAUCCAGGAGACAGCGUUGAGGUGGAUCAAUGAGUUUAUGAGUCUGGCCAAGGAUGUCAUGAUCCAGUUCACACCCUCGCUCAUCCCAGCUGUGCUCCCUUGUCUCGCACACUCUGUCGACUCGAUUCGGUCCAUUGCCAACGAAACUAACCUCAGUCUCUACCGACUGGUAUGUGACUCUGCUUUGCCUCCAGAGCCUCAGCCCCAGCCUCCAGCAGUAGCACCCAAUGGUGGGGGAUCUAUCUCGGAUCGUUCCUCUCAGGCACAGUCUCAUUCGCCUCGUCCACACUCGCCCAAGGCAGAUCGAUCGGGCAUGUCGUUUGGAACAUCAGGAUCGAUUGCUUCCAAGUUGGCAGGCCCGGGCAACAAGGAGUCACCAGUACAGCCCUCCAGAGAGACCGUGUCAGCAUCGCCGGUCCCCAACAGCAAACCCCCGACGGACGCCUUGGAAUUCGACUAUGUCGCCACUGUGAACGCGUUGACGCUGCAGUUCCUGGACGAGCACGAGCAGACACGUGUUGCCAGUUUGGAAUGGCUGUUGAUGCUUCACAAGCGUGCACCUCAUCUGAUCCUUGCCAUUGACGACGGCAGUUUCCCAGUCCUGCUGAAGACAUUGUCAGAUCCAUCAGAGGAGGUCAUUAAGCGGGAUUUGCAGUUGUUGGCGCAGAUUUCGUCGUACUCGGACGAUGCGUAUUUUCACAACUUUAUGCUGAACAUGCUGUCCCUGUUCAGUACAGACCGUAGGUUGCUGGAGAACCGAGGGAGCGUUAUUAUCCGACAACUCUGUGUCAGUCUGAACUCUGAAAAGAUUUACCGCACGCUGGCCGAGAUUUUGGAAAAGGACGAGGACCUCGAGUUUGCCAACACCAUGGUCCAGAACCUCAACAUUAUCCUCAUUACUGCCCCUGAGCUUGCAGAUCUCCGUAAGCGUCUCAAGAGUGUCGACAGCCGAGAUGGUCAAGCACUGUUUGCGGUCCUUUACAGAUCGUGGUGCCAUAACCCGGUCUCGACCUUUGCCUUGUGUCUCAUGGCGCAGUAUUAUGAACACGCCGUGGCUCUCCUUCAGAGUUUCGCCGAGUUCGAAAUUACGGUCAACUUGCUCAUCCAGGUCGAUAAGCUGGUCCAGCUCAUCGAGUCCCCUGUAUUCACUUAUCUCCGCUUGCAAUUAUUGGAGCCGGAGAGAUACCCACAUUUGUUCAAAUGCCUCUAUGGGCUGUUGAUGUUGCUCCCCCAGAGUACCGCGUUUGCUACCCUCCGAAAUCGCCUGACCAGCGUCAGCUCCAUGGGCUUUAUCCACCUCGUCCCAAAAAUAUCGGGAGGUGGAAACCAGGGGGCGUUACCGUCGUCGGUGUCAGUGUCGGGAUUGGUUCCGACAUCAAGGUCCAAGACGAGUGGGUCGUUGGCGUCAGGAUCCUAUGGGGCCAACAACACCAAUAACAGCAACAACCUCAACCAUCACCCAGAAGGACCCAAGUUCCCAGAACUGUUGUCACACUUCCGAGCAGUUCAGGGGCGUCAUGAGCGAUCGCGUCGUCAAGCCGUCCAAGCGUUACUCCGCCUGAACACCUAUGGUGGCAGUUCUUCUGGCCUUAUGAGUGCGGGUUCUGCCAGUGUCAAUGCCAACAACGCCAAUGCGACACAUUAUAACCAGCAGCAGCAGUACUACCAGCAACAGCAUCAACAGAAGCAUCUGAGGAAGCAGCAGCAGCAGCAGGAGCAUUUACAAUUGCAGCAGCAGGUUCAGCAGCAGCAGCAGCUUUAUGAUUUGGCGCAUCGCGAGCAGCAGCAGUAUUUGCAACAGCAGCGGGAGCAGAAGGAGCGGGAGCAGCAGCAGGGUCAGAAUGUUGGGGAGGCGUUUAAUGGUACGUCACCGGCGCGGUCGUACCAGCAGCCAGAUGGGUCGUUUGCGCCGGCAGAGUCGUUGGAGCAAGAAACUGGAUCCCGUGCUGGUAGUGCCCAUGGGACCCAUGUGGGAGGUACGUCGCGUCGUAGGACGCGUGAUCGUCAGAGCCAACUUGACAUCAUGCAACAGCAGCAACAGUCGUCCUCUCAACAGGCUUCAUCGACAACGACGACAACGACGACAAGUCAACGUAACUCGACGAUCAAAAGUAACGCUGGCAACAACAACACAACAAACAGCAACUAUACUUCGAGGUCUUAUGUUGCUGGAUCAGGGGCCGGUACACCUCCACUAGCCGGAUCCCCUGGUGGUGGACAGAGCGCGGUGUCGCCUUCUUCGGCGUCUCCUCAGUCCGAUCCCUUGGGUGAGUCGACUAGGCAUGCCAAUGCCAAGGGUGGCAAUACCGCCAGCAACCGUGGCAAUUCAUAG